UUGCUGUUUUACACAACUGAACUUUAUCCCCAAAAUUGUCGCCAACCUGGUCAUUGUUGCUCGGUUUCUUCCAGGUUUUCGUUGCUCAUCGAUGUAGGACACUUGGCUCUGAACUGGCAAUCAACUAGCGUAUGCGAAUACUGUUUGGCGAAGUGUAAGCAGAUACUCACAACACAGGAGAUUUCCGAGAAAACGACAGCUAAAUUCGCAUUCGAUCUCUUGACGCUUCGUCUCGGACUCCUACGAGACACUUGCUGUUUGGAGCACAGUCGUGACAGUUUGCUUGAGGUACAUAAACAGUAUCUCGUCAGUGGCCAUCAGCUCCUCAAGAAUGGUCUGGAAAAUGGUUUGGAUGGACCAAAUGUAUAUACAGGUUGCGUUAUUCUGUGGGAAAUAUGCAUGCCACUAUUUCAACGUCCCACCAGACAAGAAAAACAGCUGCGGGACAGUCUGAAUCUGAUUCUGAAGGCAUUAGAUCAAACUGGAAGAAUAGGGUUGGCACUGCUCUAUUAUCUACUUGACCGCUAUCGCCAUACGGCCUCAGACUGGAAUUUUUUAGGAGUAUCAAUUGAAACCUCCAUUGCUUUCUCGUUCUUUAGUUUACAUUAUCAGCUGCUUUGUCAGAUCCACUGGAUGCAAGCGCAAUGUCUGGCUGACGUUGAUCAAAUUCCACAAGCACUGACACAUUUGGAACAGUUAGAUGUGAUUUCCGUCAUUCAGGCGCUCCGAUAUGAAGACACGGGCGAACUUCGUGAUGCAAUACUUCAUUUACGAAACCGACUCACGCUACGUUCAAGUUUGUACGAAAUUCCCAGCAGGGUAGAAGAUAUUGCUGGUCAGAUCCUGGAACACCUAGCGUCCAUUAAUCCAAAGGACUUAUCCCCAAACAACAUCAAGCAAUUGUUUCGUCAAACUUCUUGGUCCGGAAAUACAAACGAAGACAAGAAAAUGGCCGAAACAUUUUCUUUGGACGUAGUUUUCAAGCGCAUUGGUGAAACACUGGCACCUAGCACUUUUGCCAAAGCUUGGGAAGUUUGCAAGCGCCUCGAAGGAUUUGAGAAGCAAACUCCACACCCCCAGCUUACAAACAGACGGUUGGAGAGAAGUGCGAGAGAACAAGAUACUUUGGAACGACUUCUCUGGCUAUCAAAUAAUGCCCAAAUCUGGUCGGACUUAUCGCUCAUAUUCCAGCAGGAGUUGACCAACCUGUUCACUGAGCAGUCCGAAGACUUGAAGAACGCGCAACAAAGACAAGACAUUUUGCAAAACCUGAGUUGCUCAAGCAGCACAGUCCUCGAUUCUCUUUCAAGCAUUUAUGAGUUUGAUUUUUAUUAUGUUACUAAUAUGAUGCUACUCUCUUUUAGCACGGUGUCUUCGAAAACCCUACUGAGUACUCGAAAGAGUGCACCCAGAAAAGAUGACGGAACAAAUACUUUGGGCUCCACUGCGAAGGCGGCAUCCCACUCGGGCUCCCCGCGUGGGAAAUUAACUCUGGGUAAACACCCAUUGAACAUAUCACCGGGAACACGGAACCUCCAGGAGCUGAAUGUCCUACGUGCACUUGCUGAAGUGAACUGUCUAUAUGCAGAAAGUCUGUGUGUAUUACUACGCGGUCAACAUCGUCAAUGUCAUCUUGGUGGGAAGAUGCACAAAUUACAUGCUCCAUGGGAUCACCUUGACACCCGAAUUGACGGAGAGCCUGGUUUGGGAGCUGCUGAGUCAACAUCCUUUAGGAUGGAAAAACGAUUGAUAGAAAAUGAAAAGAAGCUAGAAUAUUGGAAAGUUUACUGUGAUUGGUUACAAGUCAUAUCCGAAAGUGCGAUGCUGGUUUUUCAGCGAAGUGCGAGAAUCUCAACUGAACUCCGGGACACGCAGCUCUUUCAAGCAUGUGUGGUCUGCCUAUGGAACCACUGUUUACCUGCGGUGUGUGCAGGUGAACACGAUCAGCUUGUCGCCACCUUCCAAGUGAGUGUCGUAACAAAAAUCCCGACAAGUUCUAAAUGGCAUUUGUGCGCAUGCACAUUCAUUGCAAACAAUCUUGAGGAUUUGUCCAAACAGACUGGUGAUUUAAACUUUGACUCAGGCCAUGGUAUACCUGACAAAAUGCCCUUGCUGUUUACUUUUGUACAUGAACAACAUAUGUGGUGGAGGCACUGCCAGAUAAUUCCAAAUACCGUGUUUCAGAUCAUUCUGGACUGUGGAGAUUCUCUUGGGUCCAAAGCUCUACCACUGGAUCUGCACUGUGAACUAGCUUCCGUUUAUGCUCACGGAAGUAUACAGCCUUGGAUGCCCAAAAGUGAUCUGGGUGUCCUUCUUCUACACAAAAACCGCGAUGCAUCUCCAACUAUGAAAACAAAAACGCCCACAAGCAAAGGUCAGAAAAAUGUGGCUCUGCAUGGAAGAUCUCCCGAAAGACCUAAAGUUUUUAUGGCCACCGCACUCAUGGAACGUGCCUUUCCCAAAGAUAUGAUCUCUCACGGGGAUAUAGACCAGCCCACCUACGCUCAUAAGCCUUCAGUCCCUCAGAUCCGAAGAGUGACUGACUCUGAUCGUGUCGUGGAAUUGUCUCUGUGGAUGAAGUUAAUCAGAUGUGCCAUUUUUGAGCAGGACUAUAACCUUGCUUUGCAAAUAAGUGAUUCAGCACACAUGGAGCAUGAACUCUCUCCGACUAAGUCAAGUCGACGCGAUUAUUACAUGGCCGCAUUUCUUAACCUUCGUGGUCUGGCAGUCUUUGGGUUGUUUGGACUACUGAAAAUGCAGCGCUCUAAUUCUCAGCAUAAUAAGAGAAGCCAAUCUCCCUCCAAGCAUGUUACAAUUGGACACGUGAAACCAUUGGUGCCGAAUAACGAAAUAUCAGACUUAUUUGGGGACAGCAUCGAAUCCAGCAUGUUCAUCGCAGCCGAAGAGGCACUGUUUAAUGCAGCAAAGUUUGCUUCCCGAGCGAAGCGCUACGACCUGCUCGUGUCAUGUGCGGAGGCUUAUUGGAAGCUUUGCAAAAAUUCAGAAUUAACAUUCUUCGCUAGUGUUGUGCAGAUGCUUCACCAGUGUGUACCCCUGAAGGAACGUUGCAAACAGAUCCUCGAGCUACUGGUCAAGUCUAUUGCUCCGGAUCAACGGGCCAAAUUAAAUGAGGCUAUUCGCUCUGAAAGUGCGACUCCGGCCGAAGGCGAUCAACCGGAAGUGUCUGAUCAUUUUGACCAGGAUCUAGAAGUCGUACACGGCUACAAGGUUUAUUUUUUCGAUUUCCUUUCAACUCACAGGGAAAACACGACGAUGGACUAUCGCUACUCUCCGAUGGCCUCAGGCACUUCCCUCGGACAAAUCACAGAA